AUGAACCUUCUCCUCAGAGUAUUUCCCUUGCAUGCUUGUCCUGCACACCUCCGCCAGCUUCAGAUCCGCAGGCAUGUCAUUCUUCUGCUGGAGGUUAUGAAACUGUUGCCGAAGAAUUGGCUCCUCUUUGAGGGCGCAAUGAAAGAAAUUGCAGAGUGCUUGAAAAGGGUCCCUUUGCAUCCCCAGAUCAUCACAGCCAUUAAAUCAGCUAUGCUCUUGGGGUGUGAUUUGAGGAUUGUGAGUGAUGCCAAUGUCUGUUUCAUUGAGACAAUCCUCAAACAGCAUGGGCUCUUUGAUUAUUUCUCAGAGAUCAACACUAAUCCCACCUUCAUCGAUGAGGAUGGGAAGUUUAGGAUCUUGCCUUACCAUGAUUGUGCAUCUUCUCCUCAUGGAUGCGAUCUCUGCCCUCCAAUCAUGUGCAAGGUAUGUGCCACCCUCCAAACAUCUGGAUGGUCUUGACUGACAUGAAUGCUAAAUGCACCAUUUAAGAAACAGUGGAUAGCAUAUGUACAACUAUGCUAUUUUGAAGCAUUGCAAAAGUCACAUC